CUACAGUCGGCUGUGGGCUGCUGCUGCUGUUCCUAGCGGAGCCCAGACUCCGCAAAGGGCCGGCGAGCCACGUCGCCCGAGAAGAGCAGGAACAGCAGCAGCGAUGCCACCACCGCAAGGCCAUGGCGGCGUCCUCCGAGCCGGCCCUGCUUCUUCCGCCGUUGCUGCUGCUAGGACCCCCUCCCUUCUUGAAGCAACUAUGGCGACCCGGACGCGGAAACCCGGCCUAUGGCGGGAGAGGAGCAGCCAACAGCUCCUCAGGCGCCUACACAGACACCAAGGAGGGUCCCGAGGGAGUAACUAACGGGGAGGAGCGACAAGACUCUGUGACCCAGCCUCCUGCCUGCCUUCCAGCGACAAGAAAAGUUGGCUCAGCGGGAAAAGGAGAGGAGGGCCGCCUUCCCACGUCAGAGGAAAUGAGACUUGAGACUACGUUAAGUUCUAGGACUCAGUAUGUCAAGGUACUGUGUAGCUCCGUGGUUUCUCAUUUGGUUAAUGUUGGUAUAUCAGUCUGGAUGCUGCCUCCUGGACACUGUAAUUGCUGCAAGUAGUUUUAGCCAUGUACAUCAUUACAUCAAUAAAUCAAACGUGGAUCAAGACUAUUGUGAAAGAAAAAGAAAAUUAUCUAAUUUUGGUGGAUGGAGACUUUGCACAGAAAAAUUCACAGCUACCCUUCCCAUUGAUCCCAUUCAAGAUAAUUAUGUUCGUGAAGCGCGAGACUUCAUUUUUUCAGUUGUUUAUCCUACACCGUUUAAAUCCAGAGUUCUGCUUGUAGCUGUUUCAAAGGAAGUCUUGGAAGAUAUUUUGGACCUCGAUGUGUCUGUCUCAGGCUCAGAGGAGUUUCUACAGCUUGUCAGUGGUGCAAAAAUCGUCUUGGGAUCUCUGCCUCUGGCCCACAGAUAUGGUGGCCAUCAGUUUGGUAGCUGGGCAGGUCAGCUGGGUGAUGGAAGAGCCCAUUUGAUUGGCGUUUAUACAAACAGGUUUGGUGACAGUUGGGAACUACAGCUGAAAGGUUCGGGAAGGACACCAUAUUCUAGGAGCGGGGAUGGCAGAGCUGUGCUCCACUCUUCUGUUCGAGAAUUCCUGGGAAGUGAGGCUAUGCAUUACCUUGGCAUUCCCACAAGCAGGGCAGCUAGUUUAGCUGUAAGUGACGACGAUGUGUGGCGAGAUCGGUUCUACACUGGGAAUGUUAAGAAAGAAAGAGGCGCUAUAGUCUUGCGUGUUGCCAAAUCAUGGUUUCGAAUAGGAUCAUUAGAAAUUUUAGCUCAUUCUGGAGAACUGGAUUUAUUAAGGUUGCUGCUAGACUUUAUCAUAGGCGAACACUUUCCAUCAAUAAACAUGAAUGAUCCAAAUAGAUAUCUGGACUUUUUCUCUAGAGUCGUAUCUGAGACUGCACAUCUGAUUGCCUUGUGGAUGUCAGUAGGCUUUGCUCAUGGUGUGUGUAAUACAGAUAAUUUCAGCCUGAUAUCCAUUACUAUAGAUUAUGGUCCAUUUGGUUUUAUGGACUCUUACAAUCCAGAUUUUGUCCCAAACAUGUCUGAUGAUGAAAGACAGUAUAAAAUAGGAAACCAGGCAAAUAUUGGGUUGUUUAAUCUGAACAAGAUGUUACAGGCUCUAAACCCAUUACUGGAUCCCAGACAAAAGCAGCUAGCUUCUCAGAUACUUGAGGAAUACCCUAAACAGUAUUAUAAAUGCUUCACAGAACUGUUCAAAGCAAAACUAGGUCUCUUAGGUGACACUGAGGAUGAUAACUACUUGAUUGCUUUCCUUCUAAAACUCAUGGAAGAUACAAAAGCGGAUUUUAGAAUGACUUUUCGGCAGCUCAGUGAGAUUUCACAAGACCUGUUGAAGGACUUCAGCAUCCCUAAGGAAUUUUGGGCUCUGCAAGAUGUGGCUAAACACAAGUUCUUUUCGAGUUGGGUUGAUUUGUACCUCUUGAGGUUAAAAAGAAACACGGGUGAUUCUGACUCCGAGCGAAGCAGAAGAAUGACCAAUAUAAAUCCUAGAUAUGUGCUCAGAAACUGGAUGGCAGAGUCAGCUGCCCAAAAGGCGGAAAGGAAUGAUUUUUCUGAGAUCCACCUCCUUCAGCAGGUUUUGCAACACCCCUUUCAAGUGCAGACAGUGGCUGAGAGAACUGGUUAUGCACAACGCCCCCCUGCUUGGGCCAAAGACAUUAAAGUCAGCUGUUCAUCUUGAUGAAAAGAACCUGAAAUGAAGAUUACAUGAAGACAUGCACAGCUUUCAAAUAAGACCAAAGAACAGUGGAGGGACACAAUUAGAAUUUUUGUCAGUCAUGUGCUCAGUUGCUUGUUCUGUUGUGUCAUUAAGUGGCUCCAUUCUCCACUUCCUCUUUUACGAUCCUUCUUGUCCUGUUUUGACUGCAUCCCCUGUAAGCCCAGUUAUUGAACAAUGUUAGCCAACCACCUCUAUCUUUCUAUAAGGCCAGUUGCCCUGUCAGAUCAGUGUUGUCUGCAUUUCCUGUAGUGUGCAUUUCUCAUUCUCAAAUUAGGUAUGCUAGAGGCUUCGAUUUGGUCCACAUUUCAAAUUAGCUUGUCUGAUUUGGACUUCCCAGAAUAAAUACAUGAAUUGGAACAAAGUUAUCCCCUUUUUUCCACACUUCCCCAAAUGUUGAAAUGCAGUUCUCAGCUUAAAAAAGGAGAAAGUACCAAAAUGUGUAGAAAAAUGCUUAUCUUUAGGGUAAAAUACAUACAAAAACAAUGUGGCUUUCCAUGUGGUGAAAAAAAUUGCAAUUGAUACAGAAAUAAGGUGGAACAGAAUUCUGAAUGAACGCAUGCAAAACUGACAGAUACUGAUCUAUCCAUCUUUACCUUGAGCUACUGUUACCAGAAGCAGAGUCCAGCUUUCCCUUCCCUUCUCCUUGCUGUUUUAAUUACCUUGCAACCAACACUACUUGCUAUUGCUGUGCCACAAUUAUUGGAAUUGCUUGCAACUCUGUGAUUUUUUUUAAAGAGGCACUCAAAAUUCUAGUCUAAAAGGCAGUAGAGUCUGCAUUUUGAAGAUUUUAUACAAAACCAGGACACAAGAUAAUUAGAACUUUAAGUAUAAAGGUCUAAGCUAAACAUUUGAGAAGGAAGGCAUCCACCAUUCCAAAGAAUGCCUCAGAUGUAUGUGUGCUACAUGCUUAAAACAAACAGUAGUAUUUGUUCAUUAACUUUGACACUAGCAUGAAGACACAGAAGAGGCUUUUAUUCAGGUGCUGGCAGUGAGUACUAUCAAAACUGAACAUUAGAGGAUUAAGGUGAAUCAUAAAUGACAAAAGAUGUGUAGGAAGGCACAAAUUAUUUAAAAUAUUCAUAUAAUUAUGAGGUCUUAGACAAAUACCUUUAGGUGUCACUUAAAGACAAUUGCUAACUUGGUAGAUGUGGGAGGAAAAACUGAAACAUGUAUCUUCAAGCUAGCACUAAAUCGGAUAAAUAACCCCGGAUAUCACCUGCAGAUAUUAUUACUGAAAACAUUUCGUUUGGGCGUUUCUGCUUCAGAACCAUUGAGGAAACAGGUGUGGUAUAUUGUGGUCAGAACAACAUGUGAAUAAUAAAGCCUCAAAUGGCCCUUCUCACUUUUUUUUCUAAAUAGGGGAAGCGAAAUGCUAGGUCCUGACUAACGUUUCUAAUAGUACUAGCUGUUCAAUAAAAGGGGGGGAGGGUAGGAAUUGUUGAGAUAGCUAUUGCUGCAGCUGUUGUAGUGCUGUUUUCAGAGCUCCAUUUCUUAUUUUUGCAAAGCGCAUCAGCCUAUGCCUGUCCAUAGAGCUGCCAAGGCCUUGUGUAGGACAAGAACAGACUGUGCAAUUCACACAUGCUGCCCAGGGGAAAAUCUGAUUAAAUAGGAUUUCCCCUUCAAUAAAUUAGUCAACCUUUAAUUUGAUACAAGCCUCUUUGAUCACUUUUGCCAGAUCGAAUAGGGCUACUGUUUGGGAAUCUGCCUUCCCUGGGAACACUUCCGCUGCUUCUAGUAAUGCUCUUUAGCCUUGAACCAGGAACAUGGGAAGCCACCGUCUCAACAAGCCUGUGGGAAAAGCAGCCCAUCACUUCAGGAUAUGUUGGAAUGACAUUCUCUAGCAUAUUUUCCUUUGGACCACCAGAAACAGCUCUGGACAAUUUCUCCAGACCAUCCUCACCCUGAUCUCCCACAACUAAAACAACACCCUAAUAUUUCUUUAAACUACUUGAUUCAUGAUGUGUCACCCCUUUUCUUUUGUAAUGCCCUCAUUAAAUCAGACAUUAAAUCUCCUCCUUGUCCACCUACAUCCCCCCUUGGAAAUGGCUCACUUUGUCGAUGCCCUCCUGCCUGCCCAGCACUUUCUUCUUUUCUUUUAGGAGGAGGUGGAGGCUUCUUUCUGAUUGGUGGAGGCAUAGCAGGGGCAGAGACCGAGGGAGGAGGUGGUGGCAGCAGUUCUGGUGUACCAGUGCUCACAGCAAAGCAAGGUGGUGGGAGAGGAAUAAAAUCAGGAGGAUCUUCAUAAUAUUCAGGUGGUGGUGGUGGCGGCAAGUAUUCCAACUCAGGGGGUGGCAGUAUCGAUUCAGGGGGUGGUGGAAAUUCUGCUGGAUCUGAUGAAGCAGUUGUGUUUCCUCUUUCAUUGGGGGGUAGGUACAAUGAAGCAGUAACAGCAGAAGACAGUCUUUGAGGAGGGGGUGGUGGCUGUAGCCCACCAGGUUUACGGAGCUGUUUCAACUGUGGCAUUAUAGAUGGUGGUGCUUGACUGGUGUCAAAAAUGCUGUCUGAUUUCUUAACCUUUAAAAAAAAAAAGGAAACAAUUUUCAAUAUGAAUGGUGAAUGGAAAAGAGAGACCACAGGUCCAGCAGGACUUUAUUUAUUUAUUGUAUUUAUAUAUCGCCCCAUAGCCGAAGCUCUCCGGGCAUUUACUUACUUAAUUAUGUCUGCUACAGGGAGAAUACAUAACACAGGAUGCACACUGGUGCUCCAUCUGCUGUUCAGUUAAGAACCAAUAAAAAUAGAUGCUUUCUAAAACUACCAGCUGGUUUUGACAAAACCAGAAAAUUUAAAAGGUCUCCCUCAUAUUCUCAACUCCUGUCUGUAAGUAAAUGUAAAUGCUAAUAAUGUCAAAUUAGAUUAUCAGCAUUUCCCAUUUGACAUAGGGACAUUUGGCACAGGUACUAUUUGUAGUUAUAUCCAUAUUUCCCAUCUCAGGCCUGUUUCUUGAUGAAUGUGAAACUGCAAGGAGUCUUAACAAAAAGAACCUCUGAACAGUUUACCAGAAAAUGCUAUGUUUCCUCUAAUGUUCCAGAACUUGAAUCAAUCGCCAAUUUUCAUUUCAGUGGCAUAAAAAUUUGAAUUUUUUUAUACUUUUCUGUUUUUAUAGUACAAAUUCACUAAGAACUGCCCCCUCAAUAAAUCAGUGCUGAGCUGAUGAACUGAAAACAGGCUGUAUCCUUUUAAGACCUUUCUCAUCACAUCAGUGAGGCAGUGCAAUCCUAUUGGGGUUAGGGGAGGAAGACAGUGCAGAUGAACUGCCAAACCCUAAGCCCUGUGCAAGGGUGUGCGUUGUUUUUUUCCUCUUUUGGCUGUUGGCAGAUUUUUUUCCCUUAAGAUUUUUCUCUUCCAGUAGGAAAAUAAGUUGCCCCAGGUCCAGCAUAUCCCCUCCCCCAUUUGGGGGGCAUGUUGGGAUAAUAGAUAGAUUCAAAGCCUACCCCAAUUUGUCCCCAGCAAGCCCCUGGAUGCUCUCCUAGAGACCACAGGAUUGCACCCUUAAUGUAUUUGUACAGUAUUUUUUAAUACAUAAAAUGAGUAAUUAUUCUAUGUCUCAAUAGCAUAUUGUUUUUACAGCUGGCAUAAAAAUUGGUGUUGGGGACGCACAAGUAAAAUAAGCGGGGGGACAGGCACUUGGAUGAAAGCUGAUGCAUGAUUAAAGUGAAUACCAGUUUCAUAAGAUAUGCUUUAUUACUUUUAAGUUAUUUUUUGAAGAACUGUAAGUUAGUAAUGAUGUGUGAUUUAUCUGAAACGGAUCUAUCAACUGCCAAUUUUAGGUUACCUAACCCUGUUAAAUCAA